CACGGCGAAACUUUCAGUCACCCCUCAACAAAACUUUUUUUUACACCUCCCUCGCCACGCCCUUUCUUUCAUUGAGCUUUUCCACGGGUCAACCCUCUCCCACCCCUGUUCCAUCCACGCGCAUACGACUUUAUCAUGUCCCUGUCCUGGACCAAUGAGCCCCCAAAGGGAAGGGUUCCUUAUGCAAUUCCCCAGCUGGAAGGCGAGCGCAUCACCAUUCCCGGCAGCAAGGGCUCCUUUCGCAUCCUGGCCUCGUCGCUGCAAACCAAUGGCUUGAUGUCGGUCUUCCAGAGUGGCGCUGUUCUCUCGGAUGCACCUGGAUUCCACUACCAUAACCAUGCACAUGAUGUCUUCUUGGUAACCAAGGGGUUCCUGAAACUAUGGAAUGGCGACAAGUGCCGCAUCAUGGGGCCCGGAGACUUCGCUUAUGUGCCUCCUACCGUGAUCCAUAACCCAGAGAUGAUGGGCCCACACACCGAGACCUACGGAGUGGUCACACCCGGCGACUGGGUCGACUUCUUCCGAUAUGUUUCCGAGCGCUACGACGGAGUGCUGGUGCCGGAGCACGACGACCGCGAUCUCAAGUCCAUCCUGAUCCCGAAGGUGAUGGCUGCGAAGGAACAAUUCGACGUGGUGUUCCAGCCCCACUACCAGCCUCCGGAGCUCGGAGAAUGGACGAAGGAUGAGGAGGUACUGCCCGAGAGCCCCCAGGGCUACUUCCUUCGGGCCAACACGGGGCCGAAAUGGAUGUUUGGCGGGGUGAUGUCCCGGCCGUUCGUCACCACUGCUCAGAGCAGCGGGGUCUGUGCUAUCUCCAGUAUCGAAUCCUCGAAAGUCUACGGUGAUACCAUUUUGUCCAAGUACAUGACCUUCAAAUCGGUGGAUCACUGUCUGUGCGUGCAGGAGGGCACGCUGAUCGUCAGCCUCGAGGGGCAGCCCGACACCGAGUUCCGCGAAGGGGAGACGGCCGUGAUUCCUGCUGGACAGGCAUUCGCGUUGAAGUUUGCCAGUCGCUUCGUGCGUGUCUGGUCGUUCACGGAUGGCGACGGUAUCGAGACAUUGAUCCACCGGGUCGGCCAACAAUAUGAAGGCGCGGUGCUACCAGACGAAGUGCGCGAAUGGGACGCGGCGGACGUCAAGUCGGCGGUGGCCGACCUGAACAUGGAAAUUGCACUUUCCACCUCUUCUUCGUUGAUUUUCUCGCUCUUUGUCAGCCCCCAAUGCCGUGCGCAAUCUAGAUGGAUGAUGCAACCUGAGGCUCGCCCAUCUCCCGCACCACCGGCUGCCGGGGAUGAGAAUCUCCCUCUGCCCCGGGCAAAGCGACCCCGCGCAGCCCAGGCCUGUGAGAGGUGUAGAUCUAAGAAGUACAAGUGCGAUGAACAGUAUCCUUGCUCUCACUGCAAAAAAAGUGACCUCACUUGCGUGUAUCAGGGAAACUACCGACAGAGGGAGAGUAGCCGGUCUGCCAGCUAUGUCGCAGAUCUAGAGCGAAAGGUGGACGAGCUCACAACCAAGCUACGCUUGGCCGAGUCAGAAAUCACAUCGCAGCUACCUCAGAGAGUGAUUCCAACGACCUUCGCAAGUCCCGGAACGGCCCAACAACCGGUGGUGCCCCAAGCUGCCAUCGAUGCAACUCCCGUAUCCCUGCCGCGCAACGAGUCCACUCCGCGGGAAGAAGCGCCGGCCCUCUACGAUCACCACGAUGAGGCCGGGGACUCGGUCGGGGAUGAAAUCAGCGAACUGAAUCACCACACCAACGGCAUCGAGUUCCACGGUAGCACCUCGUCGGCGGCCCUGCUCGGACACCUGCAGAAGGCGCGGGAGCCACAGCGACGCCUCGAGGAGCAGCAGCGGCAGCAGCAGCAGCAGCAGCAGCAGAAUCAGCAGCAUUCCCGCGCUGAAAAGCCUGCCGCUGGGUACUCGAUCGUCUCGACGCUGCACAACCCAAGCUUCUCACCCUCGUGUACGGCGGGCCCGGCACAGCCGGUGGUGAUGCAGGAGCAGAACUAUUACUUCGAGCAGGCGCAUGCGUUUAUCAACGGCUACUUUGAGAAUAUCCAUUUCAUCCACCCGCUCAUCGAUAAGGAGGAUUUCCUGCAGCGAGCGCAUAAUCUGUGGUUCAACCGGAAUGUGCAGCCGGAACCCAGCUUUGUGGCUCUGUAUUUGAGCAUUCUUUCCUUUGGGGCCUUGGUGAGGGUGUGGGAUGAGGAGAGGCUCGGUGGGUUGACAAGGUUCGAGUGGAGCCGGAAACUGUUUGGCGAGGCCCAGAUGUAUCUGAAUUACCUGCAUUUCUCGAAUACGCUGGACACAGUGCAGUGUCUGUAUCUUAUGGCGAAAAUUUGUCAGAAUGAACUGAACCCGAACAUGGCCUAUAUGUAUCUGGGGCUCGCCGUGCGUACGUGCCUGGCUGCUGGCUUCAAUCGGGAGGUGCGGAGCACAGACGAUCAUCGCGCUGGAUGGAUUUCGAAGACUUGGUGGGGCCUCUUUUCCUUGGAAAUUGAGAUGAGCUUCUCAGUCGGUCGUCCAGACACCUUAGGCAUGGACGAAUACCACAAUCGAGCUCUGCCGGAAAGAGACGACUCUGAAUAUGCCAUCAUUCCUUGGAUGGUCGACUUCGCGCAGAUCAUUCGCCGAGUUUCCGUGCAGAUAUACCACUCACGAAUCACAUUACAAGAGAAGCUACACUUAGCUCUCCAGAUUGAGACUGAGCUCGACCGCUGGAUGGCGCGCUUACCGGACCGUCUCAAGCCCGACAUGAUGGAACGGGCAACCGGGGGUGCCUUGAGAGACCCUAAGUGGGCGCGUCGACAACGACUAGUCCUGGGUAUUCGCUACUUCAAUGUCAAAAUGCUUUUGUUCCGGCCCUUCCUGAGCCACUUCACCCGCAAACUCCGCCACCCGCCCAUGGAACUUGAACAGACUAUCGCCAAGUGCCUCGAUGCAGCCAUGAAAACCAUUGAGGUGAUCUACGAUAUUUACCGCAUCCAUGAGUUCUUCCGGUGUUGGUGGUACAACACAACGUAUGUCAUGUUCGCGACUUCCACUCUCCUUCUCCCCAUGUCCAAAUUGGGCCCGUGCCCGGAGACCGUCCCGCUCCAGCGGUCCGUGGAGAUGGGCGUCGAGAUCCUUGAGGCGAUGGACGAGUCCAUCGUCGCCCGCAAGUCCGUCGAGAUCAUCAAACACUAUCUCCGGGAAUUCCGGUCAUUGCCAUCGUCCACUUCGUCGCUGUCACAUCUGCACCAGCAGCACCUUCAUCAGCACCAGCUCAAUCAGCAGAGUCUGGCAUCUUCGACGAGUAGUCAUGAUGGCGGUGGCAGCGGUGGUGGUGGUGGUGGGAGUUGGAGUGGUGGGAGUGGCGGAGAGUAUGCGGAUACGAGUCCCAGUGGGACUGGUUUUGACAUUCCGGAAUGGGCCUACGGCUUCGGAUUCCCCGAUUGUUCCUUUGAAGGUAUAGCGAGGCUAUUUGACGAUUUGGGCGGGCUGCCGAUGCUGGAUAAUUGAUUUCGUCUUAACAAUGUGCGAACGGGCUGGGCGAUAACUGAGCCCGGGGGUUUGUCACCUAUAUUAUGUCAUAUGGGAGGUCCUUGUCCAUUUCCAUAUCACGGGUCGCUAUGUUCUAGAGGAGCGGAGCAAUGCAAUGUCUCCAUGUACGAUGAUCAUUAACAAACCACCUUACAAACGCUCCACCCGGAACAGAGCUUCAGGUCCCCUCACUUAGUCUUGAUUAUAUUGAUAGAUCAGCUGAGCUAAAUCC